AUGUCCCCACAAGGACCUUCGUCGUCCCCUUCAGAGAGUGCCGACAUACACCAGUCUAAAGGCGUUAAAGGGGCAUCCAAUCCACUAUACACUGUCACACCGUCGAUCCCACUGCAAAAUUUGGCAGAAAUCAUCAAAGAUGCAGUAGUACAAGCAUUGGCUACCCAAAGGAAAGAGCUAACGACUGCGAUGACCAAUCAGUGCUACAAACCCAUGCAUUCUUUGACGGCAGAACUCAAAAGCUUGAAAAAGUUUAUCGAGAAACAGGAUAAGCAAGCGCCAAUCCGCUCACUCGAUGCGGUUUUGCUCAAAGUCGUGCUCAAACUCACCACGGCCGACACUGAGAAGAUGUCGAAAACGAUACCCGCUGAGAGACUUCAGAUGGUGCAGUCGCUAGGUAAACCCUACGACCGAGCUACGUCUAUAAGGGUAUACUCCAAUAUAAACGAGCUCGCCAUCUUCACGGAUUCACUCCCGGUCCACGAAGAGCUGAAGAAGCCGGAGAGUGUUGCGGCUAUGACGAGAGCGCUUGGCCUUGAACCCAAGUCAUCGAUCAAACUGGACACCUACUGGGUGAUCCUGCACGAAUACAACCUCCAAAACGAUUACUUGAGGGAUUGCAAAGGCCAUCUCGAAGAGAUGAAAUCUCAGACUGGUCUCGACAUUAGGGAAGUCAAAUAUGUAGCCCAGAAACUGUUGUGGGGCUUCAGGACUCCAUCUGAGGCCGUAAAGGCGUGCCAGAAACCUCUUUACUUCGCAGGAGAUCACGCAUUAGCCAUGUAA